AAAAAUAAGAAAUUUUUUAAAAGAAAAAAGAUCAUGUAUAUAUUAUUGAGAUAAUAUAUACAUCUGAUUUUAUUUUUUUAAAAAAGUUUAUUUUGCUCCUUUGUUUUUUUUUUGGAAAAGGACGGAGCGUGGGUGGCAAGCGGUUUUUAUAAAUUAUCCUUAUUUUCUGUUAUUUGUCCCCGGCGGCGCUCCCCCACCCCCUGCCUAAGCGAAAAUCAGGGCAGGGACCGCUGCUCCUACCCAUCUGGGAACCCCUUCACUGUUCCUCCCUGCAUAGUGCCCUGCACACAGUAGGCGCUGAAUAAAUGUUCGUGGAUGAUGAUGAUGAUGAUGAUGAAAAAAAUGCAGCAUCAACGGCAGCAGCAAGAGGACCACGCGAACGAGGCAAACUAUGCAAGAAGCAGCAGAUUCCCUCUCUCUGGGGAAGGACCAACUUCUCAGCCGAACAGCUCCAAGCAAACUGUCCUGUCUUGGCAGGCUGCGAUCGACGCUGCCCGGCAGGCCAAGGCUGCCCAGGCCAUGAGCACCUCCGCGCCCCCACCUGUCGGAUCUCUCUCCCAAAGAAAACGUCAGCAAUACGCCAAGAGCAAAAAACAGGGGAACUCGUCCAGCAGCCGACCUGCCCGUGCCCUUUUCUGUUUAUCGCUCAAUAACCCCAUCCGGAGAGCCUGCAUUAGCAUAGUGGAGUGGAAACCAUUUGACAUAUUUAUAUUAUUGGCUAUUUUUGCCAAUUGUGUGGCCUUAGCUAUUUACAUCCCAUUCCCUGAAGAUGAUUCUAAUUCAACAAAUCAUAACUUGGAAAAAGUAGAAUAUGCCUUCCUGAUUAUUUUUACAGUCGAGACGUUUUUGAAGAUUAUAGCGUAUGGAUUACUGCUGCAUCCUAAUGCUUACGUUAGGAACGGAUGGAAUUUACUGGAUUUUGUUAUAGUAAUAGUAGGGUUGUUUAGUGUAAUUCUGGAACAAUUAACCAAAGAAACAGAAGGCGGGAGCCACUCCAGCGGCAAGUCAGGGGGCUUUGAUGUCAAAGCGCUCCGUGCCUUUCGAGUGCUACGACCUCUUCGACUCGUGUCAGGAGUGCCCAGUUUACAAGUUGUCCUGAACUCCAUUAUAAAAGCCAUGGUUCCCCUCCUUCACAUAGCCCUUUUGGUAUUAUUUGUAAUCAUAAUCUAUGCUAUUAUAGGAUUGGAACUUUUUAUUGGAAAAAUGCACAAAACGUGUUUUUUUGCUGACUCAGAUAUUGUAGCUGAAGAGGACCCGGCCCCAUGUGCGUUCUCAGGGAACGGACGCCAGUGCACAGCUAAUGGCACGGAAUGUAGGAGUGGCUGGGUUGGUCCCAAUGGAGGUAUCACCAACUUUGAUAACUUUGCCUUUGCAAUGCUCACCGUAUUCCAGUGUAUCACCAUGGAGGGCUGGACGGACGUGCUGUACUGGAUGAAUGACGCUAUGGGAUUGGAAUUGCCCUGGGUGUAUUUUGUCAGUCUCGUCAUCUUUGGGUCAUUUUUCGUACUAAAUCUUGUACUUGGUGUACUGAGCGGAGAAUUCUCCAAGGAGAGAGAGAAGGCAAAAGCGCGGGGAGAUUUCCAGAAGCUCCGGGAGAAGCAGCAGCUGGAAGAGGACCUCAAGGGCUACUUGGACUGGAUCACCCAGGCCGAAGACAUCGAUCCUGAGAAUGAGGAGGAAGGAGGAGACGAAGGCAAACGAAACACCAGCAUGCCAACCAGCGAGACUGAGUCUGUGAACACAGAGAAUGUCAGUGGCGAAGGCGAGACCCAGGGCUGCUGUGGAAGUAUCUGGUGCUGGUGGAGAAGAAGAGGCGCAGCCACGGCGGGGCCCUCGGGGUGUCGGCGGUGGGGUCAAGCCAUCUCAAAAUCCAAACUCAGCCGGCGCUGGCGUCGCUGGAACCGCUUUAGUCGCAGGAGGUGCAGGGCCGCCGUGAAGUCUGUCACGUUCUACUGGCUGGUGAUUGUCCUGGUGUUCCUCAACACCUUGACCAUUUCCUCCGAGCACUACAAUCAACCGGACUGGUUGACGCAGAUCCAAGAUAUUGCCAACAAGGUCCUCCUGGCCCUGUUCACCUGCGAGAUGCUAGUGAAGAUGUACAGCCUGGGCCUGCAGGCGUAUUUUGUGUCUCUCUUCAACCGGUUUGACUGCUUUGUGGUGUGUGGUGGGAUUACGGAGACCAUCUUAGUGGAGCUGGAGAUCAUGUCUCCCCUGGGCAUCUCUGUGUUCCGUUGUGUGCGCCUCUUAAGGAUCUUCAAAGUGACCAGGCACUGGACUUCCCUGAGCAACUUAGUGGCAUCCUUGUUAAACUCCAUGAAGUCCAUCGCUUCACUGUUGCUUCUGCUUUUCCUCUUCAUCAUCAUCUUCUCCUUGCUUGGAAUGCAGCUGUUCGGUGGCAAGUUUAACUUUGACGAGACGCAGACCAAGCGGAGCACCUUCGACAACUUCCCCCAGGCACUCCUGACAGUGUUCCAGAUUCUGACAGGGGAAGACUGGAACGCCGUGAUGUAUGACGGCAUCAUGGCGUACGGCGGCCCGUCCUCCUCGGGAAUGAUCGUCUGCAUCUACUUCAUCAUCCUUUUCAUCUGCGGCAACUACAUUCUACUGAACGUCUUCUUGGCCAUUGCUGUAGACAACUUGGCUGAUGCCGAAAGUCUGAACACCGCUCAGAAAGAAGAAGCUGAGGAAAAAGAAAGGAAGAAGAUUGCCAGGAAAGAGAGCCUAGAAAAUAAAAAGAACAACAAACCGGAAGUCAACCAGAUAGCCAACAGUGAGAACAAGGUCACCAUUGAUGACUACCGGGAAGAGGAUGAAGACAAGGACCCCUACCCACCCUGUGAUGUGCCAGUAGGGGAAGAGGAAGAGGAGGAGGAAGAGGAUGAACCUGAAGUUCCCGCAGGUCCCCGUCCUCGCAGAAUCUCUGAGUUGAACAUGAAGGAGAAAAUUGCCCCCAUCCCCGAAGGGAGCGCUUUCUUCAUUCUCAGCAAGACCAACCCGAUCCGUGUGGGCUGCCACAAACUCAUCAACCACCACAUCUUCACCAACCUCAUCCUUGUCUUCAUCAUGUUGAGUAGCGCUGCCCUGGCUGCCGAGGACCCCAUCCGUAGCCACUCCUUCCGGAACACGAUACUGGGUUACUUUGACUAUGCUUUCACAGCCAUCUUUACUGUCGAAAUCCUACUCAAGAUGACGACAUUUGGGGCUUUCCUGCACAAAGGGGCCUUCUGCAGGAAUUACUUCAAUCUGCUGGAUAUGCUGGUCGUUGGGGUGUCCCUGGUGUCAUUUGGAAUCCAGUCCAGCGCCAUCUCCGUGGUGAAGAUUCUAAGGGUCUUAAGAGUCCUAAGGCCACUCCGGGCAAUCAACAGAGCAAAAGGACUUAAGCACGUCGUCCAGUGUGUCUUUGUGGCCAUCAGGACCAUCGGCAAUAUCAUGAUCGUCACCACCCUCCUCCAGUUCAUGUUUGCCUGCAUCGGGGUCCAACUGUUCAAGGGAAAGUUCUAUCGCUGCACAGAUGAAGCCAAGAGUAACCCUGAAGAAUGCAGGGGCCUUUUCAUUCUCUACAAGGACGGGGAUGUCGACAGCCCCGUGGUCCGGGAGAGAGUCUGGCAGAACAGUGACUUCAACUUCGACAACGUCCUCUCUGCUAUGAUGGCGCUCUUCACGGUCUCCACGUUCGAGGGGUGGCCUGCGUUGCUGUAUAAAGCCAUCGAUUCCAAUGGAGAGAACGUGGGCCCCGUCUACAACUACCGUGUGGAGAUCUCCAUCUUCUUCAUCAUCUACAUCAUCAUUGUCGCCUUCUUCAUGAUGAACAUCUUUGUGGGCUUUGUCAUCGUGACAUUUCAGGAGCAGGGAGAGAAAGAGUAUAAGAACUGUGAGCUGGACAAAAAUCAGCGUCAGUGCGUUGAAUACGCCUUGAAAGCACGUCCCUUGCGGAGAUACAUCCCCAAAAACCCCUACCAGUACAAGUUCUGGUACGUGGUGAACUCUUCGCCUUUCGAAUACAUGAUGUUUGUCCUCAUCAUGCUCAACACACUCUGCUUGGCCAUGCAGCACUAUGAGCAGUCCAAAAUGUUCAAUGAUGCCAUGGACAUUCUGAACAUGGUCUUCACCGGGGUGUUCACUGUGGAGAUGGUACUGAAAGUCAUCGCGUUCAAGCCCAAGGGCUAUUUUAGUGACGCCUGGAACACGUUUGACUCCCUCAUCGUCAUUGGCAGCAUUAUAGACGUGGCCCUCAGUGAAGCAGAUCACUAUUUCACUGAUGCAUGGAACACUUUUGAUGCCUUAAUUGUUGUGGGUAGCGUCGUUGAUAUUGCUAUAACUGAAGUAAAUCCAACUGAAAGUGAAAAUGUCCCUGUCCCAACUGCUACACCUGGGAACUCUGAAGAGAGCAAUAGAAUCUCCAUCACCUUUUUCCGUCUUUUCCGAGUGAUGCGAUUGGUGAAGCUUCUCAGCAGGGGGGAAGGCAUCCGGACAUUGCUGUGGACAUUCAUUAAGUCCUUUCAGGCUCUUCCCUAUGUCGCCCUCCUCAUCGCCAUGCUAUUCUUCAUCUACGCAGUCAUCGGCAUGCAGAUGUUUGGGAAGGUUGCCAUGCGAGAUAACAACCAGAUCAACAGGAACAACAACUUCCAGACCUUUCCCCAGGCGGUGCUGCUGCUCUUCAGGUGUGCUACGGGCGAGGCCUGGCAGGAGAUCAUGCUGGCCUGCCUCCCAGGAAAGCUGUGUGACCCAGAGUCGGAUUACAACCCCGGGGAGGAGUACACGUGCGGCAGCAACUUCGCCAUCGUCUACUUCAUCAGUUUCUACAUGCUGUGCGCUUUCCUGAUCAUUAACCUGUUCGUGGCUGUCAUCAUGGACAACUUUGACUAUCUGACCAGAGACUGGUCCAUUCUUGGGCCUCACCACUUAGACGAAUUCAAAAGAAUAUGGUCUGAAUACGACCCUGAGGCAAAGGGCAGGAUCAAGCACCUUGACGUGGUCACCCUACUCCGCCGUAUCCAGCCCCCUCUGGGGUUUGGGAAGUUGUGCCCACACCGUGUGGCAUGCAAGAGACUGGUGGCCAUGAACAUGCCCCUCAACAGCGAUGGCACAGUCAUGUUCAAUGCAACCUUGUUUGCUCUGGUCCGUACAGCUCUCAAGAUCAAGACUGAAGGGAACCUGGAGCAAGCCAAUGAAGAACUCCGAGCUGUGAUCAAAAAAAUCUGGAAGAAAACCAGCAUGAAACUGCUCGACCAAGUCGUCCCUCCAGCUGGUGAUGAUGAGGUAACCGUGGGGAAGUUCUAUGCCACUUUCCUGAUACAGGACUACUUUAGGAAAUUCAAGAAACGGAAAGAACAAGGCCUGGUGGGAAAGCACCCUGCGAAGAACACCACCAUCGCCCUGCAGGCGGGAUUAAGGACACUGCACGACAUUGGACCAGAAAUCCGGCGUGCAAUAUCGUGUGACCUGCAGGAUGAUGAGCCCGAGGGAAUGAAGGGAGAAGAUGACGAUGAUGAUGUGUUCAAAAGAAAUGGUGCCCUGCUUGGAAACCAUGUCAAUCAUGUUAAUAGUGAUAGGAGAGAGUCCCUUCAACAGACCAAUACCACCCACCGUCCCCUGCAUGUCCAAAGGCCUUCAGUUCCACCUGCAAGGGAUACUGAGAAACCGCUGUUUCCUCCAGCAGGAAAUUCGGUGUGUCAUAACCAUCAUAGCCAUAAUUCCAUAGGAAAGCAAGUUCCCACCUCAACCAAUGCCAAUCUCAACAAUGCCAAUAUGUCCAAAGCUGCCCAUGGAAAGCGACCCAGCAUUGGGGACCUUGAGCUUGUGUCUGAAAAUGGGCACCAUUCUUCCCACAAGCGUGACCGGGAGCCUCCCAGAAGGUCGAGUAUUAAAAGGACCCGUUAUUAUGAAACUUACAUUAGGUCCAGCUCUGGAGAUGAGCAGUUCCCGACCAUCUGCAGGGAGGACCUGGAGAUAGACGGCUACUUCCGAGACUCCCGCUGCCUAGGGGAGCAGGACUGUGUCAGCAGUGAGGAGUACUAUGAGGACGACAGCUCCCCCACAGAGAGCAGGCACAGCUAUGGCUACUACAACAGGUACCCUGGCAGCACCUGGGACUAUGAGAGGCCCCGUGGCUACCAUCACCCCCAGGGCUUCCUGGACGAAGAGGACACACCCAUUUGCUAUGAUUCUCGAAGGUCUCCGAGGAGACGCCUGCUCCCUCCCACCCCAACUUCCCACCGCAGAUCCUCCUUCAACUUCGAGUGCCUGCGCCGGCAGAGCAGCCAGGAGGAGCUGCCCCUGUCACCUGCCCUGCCACACCGCACCGCCCUGCCUCUGCACCUGAUGCAGCAGCAGAUCAUGGCGGUCGCAGGCCUCGACUCGAAUAAAGCCCAGAAGUACUCACCGAGUCACUCAACCCGGUCAUGGGCCACACCUCCAGCGACACCCCCAUCCCGGGACUGGACGCCGUGCUACACGCCCCUGAUCCAGGUGGAGCGGUCCGAGUCCCUGGAGCAGGUCAACGGCAGCCUGCCAUCCCUGCACCGCAGCUCCUGGUACACGGAUGAGCCCGAAAUCUCCUAUCGGACGUUCACGCCAGCCAGCCUGACCGUCCCUGGCAGCUUCCGCAACAAGAACAGUGACAAGCAGAGGAGCGCCGACAGCCUGGUGGAGGCGGUUCUGAUAUCUGAAGGCUUGGGACGCUACGCAAGGGACCCAAAGUUUGUGUCAGCGACAAAACACGAAAUCGCGGACGCCUGUGACCUGACGGUCGACGAGAUGGAGAGCGCGGCCAGCACCCUGCUCGGUGGGAACGCAUGUCCCCGAGCCAACGGGGGCACGGGUCCCAUCCCCCAUCGGCAGGACUACGAGCUCCAGGACUUUGGUCCCGGCUACAGCGACGAAGAGCCGGACCCCGGGCGUGAGGAGGAGGACCUGGCAGAUGAGAUGAUCUGCAUCACCACCUUGUAGCCCCUCCCCCCUUGCCACCACCCAGGUUGGGUGGGCAGACUGGCUCCAGCCUCGGGUGGGGCGCAGGAGGGCCAGGGAACAAGUGCCUCACAGUCAGGAGCGCCCAGGCCCACGCCGGGAGCGAACGUUCCCAUGGACUUGCGUGCGAGUGACGUCACGCCUCAAGGAAGCCAUAGCCGGUGGGAAUGGGCGGUGGGCAGCAGGGUGAGGCGGUGCCCUCCCCUGCCUGGUCCCCGCAGGCAGCAGGCCCGGCCUGCACACGAGGAUGGGUGAAGGUCAUGGUAGCCCCGGGGGGAAGAUGGAAGGUGCUGGCCACCACCACGCCUGUGUCCUUACCUCAGCCGCGGUCCAGCAUAUCAGACCCUCACUGGGCCCCACAUAUCUUAUUCCUCGGCCCUUUCCCCACCCUACACACUCCCUGCUGGGCU